AUAUUAGUCAUGUACAAGUCUUCUACACGAAAAAAUCUAGUGUCAGCUAGUUAUUUAUUUGACAAGAAAGUUCAGUGUGAAUUGAUUAUGUAGUGUCUGUAAGUCAUAUAAUUUCUGCUCAUGUUGCUCUUUUAUCCCGCCAAUUUUUAUUGUAUAUCCUGGACCCAUUACUAUUCUGAUAUUAUUUCAUAACUAAUAUAUGUUUUAUUUACGUCAGGAUCGGAGAUAGUUGAAGGCAAUUUCUGGUUUAUACUCUAGUGAAAUCAUGGUUAUACAGGUGGAAUCUCAGUUAGCACACUUUCCAACUGAAACCAGUGUUGAACAGAACAAUAUUCCGAAAGAAAAUGGGAAAAUGAAUAAUGUAGGAGGACUUAACGAUCCCACAAAAUUUGGCCUCCAGGAGAAUGCAGUUGAUGAAUGGCCUGAGAAAAGGUGGGUCCAUUCUUUCUACAUUGUCAAAUAUCGGAGAUUUGAAGAUCAAAAGCUGAAGUCCAAAUUUGAACAGGCCGAUAUCGAGCUACAGAAAAAGAACAAAGCAAGAUCAGUGAUUAUUGAAAAAUUAAAGGCCAGAAGGGCAGAUAGAUCACAGCUUAUUGAGCAAAGGAAAUCUCUAAGUGCUGAGAAUCAGCAGUUUUGGACAAAGAUUGAUAAUAAAAGAAAGGAAGUCAAACCACUGCAGGAUGCCUUGGGCGAGCUCCGUGGUGCUAGGAAUACUGGCGGAGAGAGGGGUUAUCGUCUGUGUUCAUCUGAGGAGGAGCUUAACAAUCUUAUCAAAAGUCUGCAGUACCACAUUCAACAUGAAAGCAUUCCUCUAAACGAAGAGAAGCAAAUUGUCAGGGAAAUCAAGCAACUUGAAGGAACAAGGGAAGAUGUUAAAAGAAUUUCUGCUAAAGGUGACAAAGAAUCAAUUCAAAACCAGGUCAAACUUAUGAGUGUUGACUUGGAUGGAGUCCGUAAGGAGCAACAGGCGGUAAAGGCCAAGCUGAAGAUACUCAAUGAACACAUCGAUGACGUGACCAAGCAGAUCAAGUCGUUGGAUGAGGAAUUGAAGGAAGUAGUGCAGAAAAGAGAAAGCACUUACAAACAUAUUCUGGAAUUGAGAAAACAACGUGAUGAAGGGAAUUCUCCUUUCUACAAAAACGCCACGAUUUUACAGACAGCCAAACAGCUUGCGGAUAAGAAGGAUAUUGAAGCCCUUAAAAAACUUUCAAAGAACGAGGUUGAGAAAUUCAUGUCUUUCUGGAGUGUUAAUAAGCCUUUUAGGGAUGAUUAUAAGAGGAGAAUUUUGAUGUCGCUUAACAUUAGGCAGUUGAGCAGGGAUGGUAGGAUGAGGAACCCGGAUGAGAAGCCUCUGGUGUUACCAGAGAGUCCCGCUGUGACACAAACAGAUAUCGCACCAAGAACUAACGCGAUUCCACCAAAGGAAGAGCCCGUGUCUACUACUAAACUUGAUGCUUCUCUAAAGGAGAAAUUUCAAAAAGAGGAGAACAGUGAGCAACUGAAAGAUGCAAAUGGAAAAAACACAAGUACGAUAAAAGAGGACUUUCUUGAUGAUGAUGGUGCAGAAGAAGUCUAUGGUUUAGGAAAGCUACCCGAGGAUACUAAUGCCGAAGAAAACGAAGUUGAUGAAGAAAAAUUUAGAGAGAUGAAGAGAGAAGAGGAAAUAGCAAAAAAUAGGAUGGCAAUGGAGAGGAAGAAGAAGUUGGCUGAGAAAGCGGCUGCUAAAGCAGCAAUUAAAGCUCAGAAAGAAGCUGAAAAGAAGCUCAAGAACCUUGAGAAGAAAGCGAGGAAAAAGAGUGGUGCUAUUGUUACUGGUCAGGAUCCCACUGAGGAACCAAAUGAGACAGCUGAGGAGGAGGAGGGGAGGGCAGAAGAAAAAGUUGAAACACCAGUUAAGGUCAAGGAGCACAAAGAGACCAAUGUUAGGCAUAGAGCAACGCGUGCAAAAGGCUCGGAGCUUCCUAAAGUUAUAUUGAAGCACAAAAAGGGUACAAACUACUGGCAGUGGGCUGCUCCUGCCACUUUGGUGAUGUUGCUACUUCUUGUCGCGGGAUACAAGUAUAUGCUCUAGGAUAUGUUUUGAGUCGAGUAGAAUGAAGUGAAAGAAGGAAAACUCGGUCAUUCUAUUCAUUUUUCUUUCUGUUUUUUACACAUCCGCAGCUAGGGAUGGAAAACUCAUAAUGUUUCUGGUAGAUGAGGUCGGUCCUAGAUACUCACAGAAAGAGUAGCCAUACAUGUUCGGUUUUAUUAGUGUAGUUACAAAUUUUGACAUUUGCUUAGAGAUAUGAGUCACCUACAUCACACCCCCUUGGUGUCGGGCCUUUGGGCGAAUCCUGUGUGAACGUGGGAUGCUUCGUGCACCGGGCUUAGAGAUUUGUUAAUAUGCGUUUAUUUAUGAUACAUCGAGACAAACAUCUAUGCCAUUAACCUAUAAAUUUGUGAUUUAUAAUACUGCUCAUU